GAGUUUUAGUCUUAUCUAAAAUUUCGGCAACAUAAGACCUUCCAAUUUUUGUUCGUAAAUAAGUACAUUUUUUAAAUUUAACUUCGGUUUCUGGUCUGAUAGGUAGUUAGUUUCCGGACUCGAUAUACCUACAAAAACCAUGUUUCGCAAUCUGUCGAUGCUGAGGAAUCAGUUGGCGCUGCACCGAGUCCUCGUGGCCCGCUCGACCUUGCACUCAAAAAUGUCCACUGGUCUUACUUGCCUCACCAUUGACCGUCCGCGGAACAUCGAUGGCGUGACCGUGAUAGAUAUAAAUAUUAAUGAGAUGGCCAAGAAUGACGUGGACUUUAAUCGCAAUUUCGUCAAUUCGCUGACAUUGAUGGACCGUUCCCCGUUCAACGCAGUGGAUGCGGCGGAUGCAGUUGAGUCGCCACCAGCAGAGAAUCCGAUUCCCGGAGAUACCGUCGAGAUCCUGCCUACUGGCGCACCCAGUUCCGUUAUAGGCGUCGACGGAAGCCCCAUUGUCCCCAUCGAGAUAGAUGGCUGGAACCAGGACGAGGAGGAUCCCACCGUGCAAAAGAACGUCCAGGACGUGGACAUUGGCAACGAUGACGAGUACAAGGCCGAGAUGGAGCUGCGCGUGCCAGAGGUCAGGGAAGGUCGAACCGAGUACAAGGGCAUCAAGGUGACGCUGCCGGAAUCGGCCAACCAGGAUGUGGGCACUUAUCGCUUCCGCCGCGAUCCAAAGGAUCUGGAGGAGGUCGGCGACGACACGCGUCUUGUCCGAUACGACAAGUAGAAGAACUGGUUCCUCAAAUAGUAAGGAUCCUUUGGCCGACUUCCGCUUGCGAAUUUUCCAAUUUUCUAGUGUAUUCAUUAGGGUUUCGGGAGUAGGCAGCCUAGCAUUGAUGUAAUAAAACUUAAAUACGUGUUCAGUUAAGGGAAA